AUGAUCGGCCUGGCCGGCGCCUCGCCCGGUCAAACAGAGGAGAAUUUCGACAUCUUCGAAUGGUAUCCGCGUUACCAGAGCUGCCAACGCUACUUCCUAGAUCAUGCUCAGCACAGCGUGCCCGUCCAGGCUUUAUCCACCUUUUUGAACAUUCCGACAACCCAACCCGGUCCUCAAUUCGAACCCAGUCUCCGCCUCAUCAUCAUCUUCAGCUGGUGUCACAUCCCCGGCCCACCGGCAGUCUCAUUGAUCCCGUAUAUACGCCGCCUGGUUGCGACUGGCAUGGACUUCCCAGGUGUCCUGCACGGAUUCUUCGGCGACGAUUGGGGCAGCGGCAUCGGCCCGCUACAUGAGCAAGAGCGUCGCAAUUAUCUCUUCGCUGCAAAGAGCGGUGGUUGGGCUUCCGUCAAAAAGGACUACGACAUGUCACCGUUAGAGACGAUCCCGUUUUUGCGCCCGCUGCAAGGACCCCUCGAUACAGAGAUCGAAGCCGCCGAACGCAGCUGGAGUGAAUGGCUUGCGAUGGAGGACUGGAUGGUUGGACCACGUGCUCCAGAUAUUCUACAAGAUUCCUCAUCUCAGAACUCACGACCGCGAAGUGCACGCGGCUAA